CGCGGCCGGUCUCUCUCAAGCCGGUCCCUCUGGGUGCCUGUCCGGUUAUGGCAGCGCUGGGAGCCUUAGUGAAGAAAGUGUGGAGUAUUCGCCGCUACUUGGUGCUUCUCUGCACCCCGCUGGUGCUGCUGCCCAUCCUCUUCAGCCUGCCCCCCAAGGAAGGGAAAUGUCUCUACGUAAUUCUGGUGAUGGCUAUAUACUGGUGCACCGAAGCCCUGCCGUUGUCCGUGACGGCUCUUCUUCCCAUAGUUCUCUUCCCCUUCCUUGGGGUCCUCCCAGCUAGCAAAGUUUGUCCUCAGUAUUUUUUAGAAACCAACUUCCUCUUCCUGAGUGGCUUAAUUAUGGCAGCUGCCAUUGAAGAGUGGAAUCUGCAUCGUAGGAUUGCGCUGAGGAUCCUUAUGCUAGUGGGAGUCCAGCCGGCCAGGCUCAUUUUAGGAAUGAUGCUGACAACUUCCUUCCUAUCCAUGUGGCUAAGUAACACAGCCUCUACUGCUAUGAUGUUACCAAUCGCAACUGCUGUUUUGAAAAGUCUCUUUGGAGAUAAGGCAACAUCUAGGAAUCACAGCAGAGAGAAAGAAGAAAACAAAGUUUCCCUACAUCAGAAUAGCCUUCACAUGGUGCCGACUGAGAUGCAGCUUCUAGCAAAUGCUGAUGAGAAAGACUUGACUGAGGAGAAGGAAGUCACGAUAGAAGUUUCCUCGGAGGUAAGGAAGGAGGAGGAGUACAAGACGAACGUGUGGAAAGGUUUCCUCAUCUCAAUCCCUUAUGCUGCCAGUAUUGGUGGCACAGCAACACUGACUGGAACUGCACCAAAUCUCAUUCUUUCGGGGCAGCUAAAGAGCUUUUUUCCAGGGUGUGACGUUGUGAAUUUUGGCUCUUGGUUUGUGUUUGCAUUUCCCUUGAUGGUGCUCUUCCUUUUUGUUGGAUGGCUCUGGAUCUCCUUCCUUUAUGGAUGCAUCAGCUUAAGGGGCUGGAGAAAGAAGAAAUCAGAAAUACGAGCUGAUGCAGAAGCAAGAGCCAGGACAGUAAUAACGGAGGAUUAUCAGAAACUGGGACCAAUCAAGUUUGCUGAACAGGCAGUAUUUGUUCUCUUCUGCUUAUUUGCCAUCCUGCUAUUCUCCAGAGACCCUAAAUUCAUCACAGGCUGGGCAAGCUUAUUCUCACCAGGGUUUGUCACAGAUGCAGUUACUGGAGUCACAAUAGUGACGAUAUUGUUCUUCUUCCCAUCAAAAAGGCCAUCUCUUAAAUGGUGGUUUGACCUAAAAGCACCAAACACUGAGAAUGAACCCUUGCUUUCGUGGAGAAAAGCCCAGGAAAGUGUACCUUGGAAUAUAAUCAUCUUGCUUGGAGGAGGCUUUGCUAUGGCAAAAGGCUGUGAGGAGUCUGGCUUGUCCACCUGGAUUGGAGGUCGGCUUGAUCCCCUGGAGAACCUCCCUCCUCCUGUAGCUGUUAUUCUCAUCACGAUUGUGAUUGCGAUGUUCACAGAAUUUGCUAGUAACACAGCCACAAUCAUAAUCUUCCUGCCUGUCCUAGCAGAACUGGCCAUUCGUCUGAAAGUGCAUCCUCUCUACUUAAUGAUACCAGGGACUAUAGGAUGUUCAUUUGCUUUCAUGCUUCCAGUCUCCACACCCCCAAAUUCAAUUGCCUUUGCUUCUGGACACUUGUUGGUCAAAGAUAUGGCAAGGACUGGCCUGCUUAUGAAUCUGAUGGGAGUUUUACUUCUGAGCCUAGCUAUCAACACUUGGGCUAUGAGCAUCUUUCAGUUGGGUACCUACCCUGACUGGGCCAACAUCCAUUCAGAAAAUGCAACUACCGUGCUGAUGGACGUGCAGAACGUCACCUUGAACUCAAUGAGUAAAUUAUGAACAUAGCAACCUUCUUUUGGGAGGGAGAAACCCCUCUUUUCAAAUUGAGCACUGAAUUAAAUCGGCAUCUGGUACAAGUACGCCCAGGUGACGGCACUGUUGAUGCCCACCCAAUACAGGACUGUCCUGUUCUUUUAUGUUUUUGCUUAUUGGAGAAUAUUCGCUGGAUAAUUGCUUUGUGUCUCAGAAGACUUUUUCCACCUUUGUGCAAAAUUGCAUCAAGCAAUUCUAGGUAGGUUUAGUCUUCGACAUUUGAAGCCUAGCAAGUCUUUUCCCUUCUCUUCUCUUGUAGAACUAAAGGGAACUGUUUUUCCUCCCCCCUUUCCUCCCUUUUAACUAAGGGGGAUCAAUAUCUAAGCUUAGACUCACAUGGCUAACUGAAUGUAGAAGCAUAGAACCAGUGAAACAACAUGGCAACUUCUCUUGGACUGCAGAACCAUUUAAAUAUUGCGCAUCACAUAUUCUUCAGCAGACACAGGUCUGAUGAAGCAAAAAUAAAAAGUGAUCUUAUGCCCUCAUUUAU